AGCUCAUUAGCUCGCGCCACUUGCUGCUGCAACCUUUGUAACAGCAUAGUGGCCAUAUUGGCACAUUUCGUCGUGACUCGUGCCAGUGUACGGUUGUUGUGUUCCGCGUCUUGUGGCAGCUUCUCUCAAGGUUAACGUGAAGUAGUUACGCAAGGCAGGCAGGUGAAAGCAGUCAGUGGCGCCAAAAAGGCUCUCAAAAGUUUUCCCACACAGUUUCCGAACGUCCCAGAGCACUCGCAACGACCCACGAUGAUGUCCUCGCUGCAGUCCGUGUUUCUCGUUAGCUUACUGGUGAUUGCGGUAUUCAUCCAGAAGGGUGAUGCCAUCCGUUGCUUCGAGUGCAACAGUGCGGAGGACUCGACCUGCACGCACGACAACCCGCCGGAUUCGAUGUCGGUCGACUGCAACGACCACAAGGACGGCAACAAGUACACCUUCUGCCGGAAGAUUGUCCAGAUCAUCGAGUUCCCGGUGAACAACCUUCCCCCAGACAACCGAGUGAUCCGUGGAUGCGGUUGGGAUGAGUCCUCCUACAAGGGCCGCUGCUACCAGCGCUCCGGGUUCGGUGGACGUCAGGAGGUGUGCGCCUGCUACGAUGACAAUUGCAACGGUGCAUCCUCGCUGUCCGUCACCUUCGGCGUGCUGCUGUUCGGUGCAAUCGCUUUCCUGAUUCGUGCUUAAUCCAAUCAACGGUUCCAAUUCCACCGGCACAUAUCCACCACCGAACAGGCUAGUGGAGAGCUCUAGUUUCUUUCUCUAAUUUGCCUCUCCUCCUGUCCCGCCGGUUGGCUACUUCCCUUGUUCUCUCUCUCUCUUCUCUUCGGAGCUCGGGAAGGAGGAGAAGGAUCAUCGCUUUUUCCAUCACGAAUUGACCAAGUCAAUAGCGGUGAAAGAUGUGAAAGUGUGUGUUUAUGUGUGUACACACACGUUACGGAUUUAGUUUAAGGAUUCCAAAAAAAAAACACACAUUCCAACGUUGCGGAAUUGUUUCAAUUCAGAUUUAUCCCAUUCGAUGGUAAUCAUUCCACCAACAAACAAAAGGAUCCCGUUUUCCUUCCCGUUGUUGUUGAUCUUGUCAGUGUUAGUCAAGUCUCGAUCGACUAUUGGCCCAACGUGCGCAUCCCCCUUACAUCGAGCAUCAAGAUUUUUUUUAAAUACAACAGACCGAAUCGAAUCGACGAGGUGUACGAAUUUUGUAAAGAAAAUAUGUCUACGUUACGCUAUUUUAAGAACCCGAUUCUAAUGCAAAACGCGUUUUGUCGCGGUAGUAGGGAAGAAACAUUUAUUGUGGCAGCGCAAGUGUUCAACCAGAAAAUGCAUCGGAAAGAGUUUAGAUUUUAAUAGAUUAUUUCGUUACAGAUAUAAUAGCAGACAGGCCGGCGCCGCCCGCGGUACAAGCUUAAUACACUCACACAAAACACGACGAAACGGAAACGGCGCGCACCGCCCGCGUAUGUUUCACCUUUAAUAAUACCAUUUAAAGAUAAAAAACAAGAAAAAUCAGUUUAAAAGCAGUAACACGAGAGAGACACAUAAAAACAAAAACGCAAAUAGCAGCAGCAGCAGCAGCAGCAGCAGUAGUAAGAAUAAUGCAAACACAGCAGCAUCCAGCCCCCCAUCUCCAUUGUCCUUUAGGGAGCGCCUAGGGAAAGAGUGUCGGGAUUGUUAGAAGUAUAAUAAAAGCUGAAUAAAUAAAACAGAGAAAACUCGAGAAAAAUAAAACAAAACUAAGCUGCCAGAAUCGCUUCGUCCUGUGUGUGUGCGCUCGUGCGCGUUCCUCCCACGGCUUACGGCGUGCUUCUGUGUUGCCGGAUGGGGGCCUAGCCUUUGGAAGGCUCGGUCCCCGGAGGCCAGAAUUUGUAGCAACGGUUUUUUUCUUCAAUUCACAUGACGCACGGAAAAGCGGAACCGUGGGAGACGCAAGUGUGUUUCGUCAAUGCGCAUAAAAAUGACUAUAGCACGAGUGCGGAUGGAGAAGUACAUGAAGUUCAAUAAAAUAGAAGAGAGAAAAACAAAACACACACACAUUCAAAUAAAUUACAACCCAUUCUUGAUCUUCUCCUCUCGAACUCUUUCCUUGUUUUGUAGACACGUAGUUGUUAUGUAGUUGUUUGACGGCGGAACGAUUUAUUAGGUGAGUGUGGUCGCAACAGCAGCAGCAGCAGUAAAUAAAUAAUUAGCACACUAGUGUAAAGUUUAAAUAGCAUAAAAGAAAAUUAUGUAAUAUUAAGCAUAACUCGGUUACGAUGGUUUGUUACGCAAAAUUCGCUUGGCUGGGAGUGUGCAAUUGAUUGGUCGGAAGUUAAAUUGAAACCUGACAUGUUACAUUAUGAUUAAUUUAUUACUUUAAAAAUACUUAAAUGAAAUGAUAGGAAGCAAAGAAGAAAUAGUUAUGCGCGCAUACAGCAUGAGAAGAUGCCAUUCAAAGAAAUCAUUAUUAAUGCUAAAGACAUUUUAACGCCAUAGCUCUGGUUCAUGAACAAAACAUAAAGCGUAAGGGAAGAAGAUGUUCACUGCACUCUCUGUGUACUGCAUUUUCGGUUCGUUUUAUACUAAAACAAACAAACAUCACUUUUUGCUACAGUUCACAUUAGAGGAGAAAUAAAUCGAAUUCUUACCAACCCGAUGGCCGUAAUAAAA